AUGGCUUGUUUUCGUCCAUGGGAAAAUAACAAACAAACAAAUAUAAAUGAAAAUGAAAAUGAAGUAAACAACUUAGAUUUGUUUGAUUGUGAUAUUAUGUAUAGUGAUAUGGUACAGAAGAAUUUAGAAAACUGCAGUUCUACGAAAGAUGAUAAUAAUUGUGUAGACAUGGAAAUAGAUACAAAAUAUGCAAUUAUAAAUGGAAAUAAUGAAGAAGAUAGUGAUAAUUUAUUUCAUUUUAAAGAAACGAGUAAGUAUUAUUAA